CUGCCAGCUCGCCGCGGCGCUCGCUUCUCGGCUGUUCGUCACCGCGGACGUCUCGCCAUGUCGGGGUCUUCAGCUACGAGUAACGCAACCGCCUCAGACGAUGGGGUCAUCCGCGGUCCGAAGCGCCACUUCCAGCUUCCCGAAGAGAGCCUCGGCCGUGUGCUGCUUCGGAAGAUGAUCGGCUACGGAGACGCCGUUGCGCAGGUGUACCCAGAGCUGUGCCGCCUUACCGUCACCUACCGCGAACUGUCGCAGCGCGCUGCUGGCGUCGCCUUGGAGCUGAAAGAACGUGGUUUGAAGCCCGGCGACGUGCUAGUGGUGGCCACGAGCAUCGUCCCACAGUUCACGCCUGUCAUGGCCGGUGCUCUGCUGAGGGGCGUGACCGUAGCUCCGAUCAAUCCAGGAUUCGACUCCAACGACCUGAAGACUCUGGUUCGGGAUACAAUCCAGCCGAAACUCAUCCUAGCGGAGGAGACCGCAGCGUCCAACAUCCGCUCCGUUUGUCCGGAUUUCGAAGUGGUCGACAUCAACGAUAUCUGCCGCUGGCUGGAGCGUCGCGACGUGCCGCUGGACAGCGCCGGUAACGUCGACCUGGAGGAAGUGGCGGCCCCAGACCAGCCGGACUGGCUGGAACACGUGGCCUUCAUCAUGUGCUCCUCAGGGACGACUGGUCUGCCCAAGGGCGUCAUGAUGACCAACCGCAACAUCCUCUACCAGCUCAUCUCGUCAUCGGAGCUGGAGCUGAAGAUGGAACCAAACACCAUUUCCCUUCAGUACACGGCGCUGUUUUGGGUCUCUGGAUUGUUCGUGCAGCUCUUCUCAAUUUUCAAUGGAGGUCGCCUUAUUGUGUUGCCUCGCUUUGACGAGGAUAUGAUAGCCAAGGCGAUAGAAGAGUACAAGGUGGAGUUCACGUUCCUGGCGCCCAACUCGGCGGUGGCGCUGAGCAAGGCGCCGUCCGACCGCCGGGACCUCUCGUCGCUGCAGCUGCUGGCCGUGGGCGGCGCCACAAUGGACGCGCAGACGCAGCGCAUGGUGGAGCGCGCGCUGGGCGUGCGCGUCAGCCAGUGGUACGGCAUGACCGAGGUGCUGCUCGCCGUCGGCUGCGUCAGCGGCGACAGCCCGCCGCAGGGCUCCGUCGGCACGGUGCGCACCAACGUCGAGGCCAAGGUGGUGCACCCGGAGAGCGGCGAACUGCUGGGCCCUAACACUGAGGGCGAGCUGUGUUUCCGGUCGCCGAUGGUGACCAAGGGCUACUACCGCAGACCCCAGGCGACCGCGGAGGCGCUGGACGCGGACGGGUGGUUCCACUCCGGCGACAUCGGCUACUACGACGAGAACGGCUUCUUCUUCAUCACCGACAGACUCAAGGACCUCAUCAAGUACCGCGGGAACCACGUCGCGCCGUCUGAGCUGGAGGGCAUUCUGCUGACCCACCCAGCCGUGAAGGAGGCGGCGGUGGUGGGCGUGCCCCACCAGUUGGACCAGGAACGCCCCAGAGCGUACGUCGUGCUGCAGCCGGGCGCCAGCGUCACUGAGCGGGAUCUGCUGGAGCUGGUCAACUGUGAGGUGGCAGACUUCAAGCGACUGCGAGGUGGGGUCCGCUUCUUGAAUGUCCUGCCGAAGACUGCAACAGGGAAAGUGUCGAGGCGAGAUCUCCGGAAGCUCGCCAGGGAGGAAACUCCAACGGACAACUGAAUCCUGCCAGCCAGGCACUGACAGCCAUCACCGAGGGAAAUGCACUUCGUGUCAUCACCGUUGUCAAUCUCGUUGCUGUUCUGAGUAGCUCGCUCUGUCAGCUCACUGUGAAGAAGAGGGUUGUUGCGUCAUAAGAAGGGAGUCUAGAGACUUGCUCAACUAUGCGCAGAAUGUUUCACUACCAACUGAGAGUCAACAGAAAUGAGAGUUCUUUUGUUUCAGAUUGGUUGAUCAACUUCUUUUCAGAAGAUUUACGUGAUGUAAUUAUCGUAAUAUAUACUGUAUUUAAAUGUUGAGAUUAAAUUUCUUUGAUGUGCA